AUGAAAACCUCGAAGCGAGUGGCCAACGACGUGAUUACCGAUGUUGAACGAGGGAUCUCUGGAAACGAGCAUGUCGUUCUCAGCAUUUCGGGCAUGACUUGCACGGGCUGUGAAACUAAACUCAGACGAACACUAGCCACAGUCGGCGCAGUAAAGAAUCUCAAGACUAGCCUGGUGCUGGCCCGCGCCGAGUUCGAUCUGGAUAUGAGUACCAGUUCUGUUUUUGAGGUCAUCAAACACCUCGAACGUACGACCGAGUUCAAGUGCGAAAAGGUAACCAGCCAAGGCGCCAGCAUCGACAUCCUCACACCUGGCGAUCCCCAAGAUUUCAUCAACCAGCCAUGGCCAGAGGGCGUCACAGACAUCCGCGUAGUGGACAAGACAAGUGUUCAUGUGGAAUUCGACGCCGACAUCAUCGGAGCCCGUGAUCUGAUUGGCAAGGGAUGGGACAUGCCCUUGAAGUUGGCGCCGCUUCGCGCUGAUCCAACCUUGGAGGCCGGCAGCAAGCAUGUUCGCAACAUGGGACUAAUCACCCUGAUUUCGAUUGCCUUGACCAUCCCCGUUCUUGUCAUGGCCUGGGCUCCUCUCCCCGAGAGGGAGAUCGCCUAUGGCUCCGCAUCUCUGGCACUUGCGACUAUCGUACAGGUUGUCGUCGCCGGCCCAUUCUAUCCGAAGGCUUUAAAAAGCCUGAUCUUUUCGAGAGUCAUCGAGAUGGAUUUGCUGAUUGUUUUGAGCACAAGCGCUGCGUUCAUUUUCUCUGUCGUAUCCUUCGGCUUCCUCGUCUCUCACAAUCCACUGUCGACCGGCGAGUUCUUCGAGACAAGCACACUGCUCGUCACACUCAUAAUGGUUGGUCGAUAUGUCAGCGCCUUGGCGCGCCAAAAGGCAGUGGAAUCUAUCUCUAUUCGAUCGUUGCAAGCCUCUACAGCGUUGAUUGUUGAUCAAUCCGGCGAAGAGAAGGAAGUCGACGCGCGCCUUCUCCAGCAUGGAGACGUCUUCAAGGUCGUACCGGAUUCCAGAGUCCCGACCGAUGGGACGGUGAUCUCGGGCUCCUCAGAGCUUGACGAAUCCAUGAUGACUGGAGAGUCCAAAACCAUCGAAAAAUACGUCGGUUCUUCACUAAUUGCUGGGUCCAUCAAUGGCUCUGGGACUCUCAACGUUCGACUGACCCAACUUCCGGGCGAUAACACCAUCAGCAACAUCGCCGGAAUGGUUGACGAGGCCAAGCUUUCUAAGCCAAAGAUACAGGAUAUCGCAGAUCGAGUAGCGUCAUGCUUCGUCCCAGUAGUUGUGGGCAUAACAAUUAUUACCUUCUCAAUCUGGAUGGCGGUCGGCAUUGCGGUUCGCAAACAGUCCGGCUCUGAGGCAACAAUCCAGGCCGUCACUUACGCCAUCACAGUUCUCAUAGUAUCGUGUCCAUGCGCCAUAGGAUUGGCUGUUCCGAUGGUCAUUGUGAUUGCGAGCGGCGUUGCUGCUGAAAGAGGUGUCAUUUUCAAGUCUGCUGACAGUAUCGAGGUUGCCUACAAAACCUCGCAUGUCGUCUUUGACAAGACCGGGACCAUCACCAAUGGCAAACUGACGAUUGUCGAAGAACACUACAUUACCGAUGACGCAAAUUCAGUCAAGGCCUUGAUUCUCGGUCUGGUUGGUAGCAUCAAACAUCCCGUUUCUGCCGCUGUCGCGGCGCAUCUUAGAGCUAGUGGUAUAUCGGGCUCCACAGUACCGGAUCCCUCUACCUUGACUGGCAAAGGCGUUGAGGCAACCGUUUCUGGGCGAACACUUCGGGCAGGCAAUUCGCGGUGGCUUGGUUUUUCUACAGAUCCUCGAGUUGAGCCCAUCCUCUCAAAGGGCCUUACCGCUUUCUGUUUCACCAUCGACAGUUCUUUAGUUGCGGUUUUCGGCCUUGAAGAUUCUAUUCGGCCCGAUGCUCUUGAGAUCAUUACAGCGCUGCAGGCCUCUGGGAUUGCGGUCCAUGUGCUCUCUGGAGACGACGAUGGUGUAGUUCGAGCAGUUGCUAGUCAAAUGGGCAUUCCUGACACCAACGUCCGCUCUCGAUGUACCCCAGGAGACAAACAAGCAUACAUCCAGACCUUGCUGUCUCAUCCAGUCUCAGCCAACUCCCGAUCCAUUCCGAAGAGAAACAAGAAGGAGCCAGUCGUCAUGUUCUGUGGCGAUGGCACUAACGAUGCAGUUGCACUGGCCCAGGCCACAAUUGGCGUGCACAUGAACGAGGGUACCGAUGUUGCAAAGUCCGCCGCAGAUGUGGUCCUCAUGCGGCCCAGCCUGGCCGGUGUUCUUACCGCAAUCAGCAUCAGCAAGAAGGCUACCCACAGAAUCGCGUUCAACUUUGGUUGGAGCUUCGUCUACAACUUGUUUGCCAUCCUCCUUGGGGCCGGUGCGUUUGUCAAUGCAAGAAUCCCGCCCGAGUUUGCUGGCCUGGGUGAGCUGGCGAGCGUGCUGCCUGUCAUUGCGGCUGCAGUUCUACUGCGUUGGAGCAAGGUCUAG